AUGAGUCCUGCUCCGCUGCAGCGCCGCCGUCACUUCACCUGCCACCGCCACCCCACCAAGGCCGUCACCGGGUUCUGCGCCGCCUGCCUCCGCGAGCGCCUCGCCGGGAUCGACCCCGACACCCACCAGGAAACCCCCAUUACCCACCUCGCCCUCGAGCUCCGCCGCUCCAAAUCCUUCUCCAGCAGCUCCAACCCCAAUGCCUCCUCCUCCACCACUUCCACCUCCGCCACCACCAACACCACAAUCUCCGAGCCCCGCCGCCGCUCAUGCGAGGUCCGGCCCCGGAACAGCCUCUCUGAGCUCUUCCACCACGACGACGACGGUCCAACCAUCGAAUCGUACGCCAAGGCCAAAGCGAAGGCCAAGGCCGUCGUCUCCGAGCUCGAGAUGCUACGAGGAGGAGAUGAGGAUGGGGACGGGGAAAUUAGGGUUUUCGGCGGGGAUGAGAUCGUGCCGCCGGAUGUGGAGUACGACUUCGAGGAGGAAGACGGGGAGCUGAAGACGAUGAAGGAGUUCAUAGAUCUCGAGUGGGACAAGAAGAAGGGUAGUAACGCCGGGAAGAGCUUCUGGGAAGCGGCUUCGGUUUUCAGCAAGAAAUUGGGGAAAUGGCAGCUGAAGCAGAGGAAGAAGAAGGAUGAAAAGAAGCCCACCAGUGAGGAUGGCCCGGCGCCGGAUAAUGACAAGGGCAUACUGAAGAAAUUAAAGGACACGCUGACGGAAGUUGGGGAAUACGCCGGCCGGAGGAGAUCUUGCGAUGCCGAUCCCAGACACUCACUCGACCCAGGGAGAUUGUCGAUUGAAGAAUCUCGCCGGUCGUUCGACGAACCUCGAGCUUCCUGGGACGGGUACUUGAUUGGCAGAGCAUAUCCAGGGUUUACACCAUUGGUCUCCGUCGUAGAAGACGAUGUGAAGUUGGGUGUUGAUGAUAAAACCAGUGUCGAAAAUCCGACGGAGCCGAGUGGGGAUUUGAAGAAGGAAGAUGGAAGCAUCAGCCCCGGAGGAACUGCUCAGACGGUGAGCUAUUACUCCGAUCCUCAUCGCCGGAGAAGGAGCUUCGACCGGUCCGGGUCGGUCAAGAUGACAGGUUUGGAAUUAGGAGACGAUGAGUUGAAAUCCAUAUCCAAUGCAAAGGUAUCCCCUGAAACCGUUGAUCUGUUCCAUCACGGAGCUAAAUUACUGGUGACUGAGAAAGAAUUGAGGGAUUCGAAUUGGUACUCUGUUAGAGAUUGCAAUGUAGUAGGCAACCCUGGUUCUACCCCCAAAGAUGUUGUUCAGCCUGGCGGUGGUGGUGGUGGAGAUAACAAGAAGGGCUCAAAGUUCAAGAAGUUGCCUAAAUGGCGAAACGUGUUGAGUAUGUUCGGCGGGAAUCACAAAAGCAGCAAGCCUGCAGAUGUAGAAAGCAGCAGCAGCAAUGGUAGUGGGAAAUUAGUGGUCGAUGGUAUGAUAGUUGCAGGGCCACUGGAGAAGAUGGCGAACAAGCAGAAGCUUACCGCGCGAAGCUGUAUGGUUAGUGCGAGGAAUUCGUGUGACGGUAGCAGCAUGGGCGCAAUGCAGAGGCGAGACCAGCUGAUGCUGUCCAGGAACAAGAGUGCUAGGUAUUCUCCGAGCCCAAACAGUAAUGUGGAUAACGGGCUAAUGAGAUUCUACUUGACACCGCUGCGAAAUGACAUUAGUCGGAGCAAAUCAGGGAAGAGUAGGUUGAAGAACCCCUUGUCCAUGGCCAGGAAUGUAUUGUAA